CGCCUGGACUACCACGAGCGGAGGAGGAAGAAGGAGGGCCGCGAGCCUCACGAGCGGUCGCGGAAGGCCAAGAAGAUGAUCGGGCUGAAGGCCAAGCUCUACCACAAGCAGCGGCACGCUGAGAAGAUACAGAUGAAGAAGACCAUUAAAAUGCAUGAAAAGAGAAAUACAAAGAAAAAGAAUGAUGAAAAAACACCUAAAGGAGCUGUACCAGCCUAUCUGCUGGACAGAGAGGGCCAGUCCCGGGCUAAGGUUCUCUCUAACAUGAUCAAGCAGAAAAGGAAAGAAAAAGCCGGGAAAUGGGAGGUUCCUGUGCCAAAGGUCCGUGCUCAAGGAGAAACAGAAGUUUUAAAAGUGAUUCGUACAGGAAAGAGAAAGAAGAAAGCCUGGAAGAGAAUGGUUACAAAAGUUUGUUUUGUUGGAGAUGGCUUUACUAGGAAGCCUCCUAAAUACGAGCGAUUCAUUCGGCCAAUGGGCUUACGUUUCAAGAAGGCACAUGUGACACAUCCUGAACUUAAAGCAACUUUCUGCCUACCUAUCCUUGGUGUAAAAAAGAAUCCUUCCUCUCCUUUGUAUACAACACUGGGUGUAAUUACCAAGGGUACCGUCAUUGAGGUGAAUGUGAGUGAGCUCGGCCUGGUGACGCAAGGGGGCAAAGUUAUCUGGGGGAAAUAUGCACAAGUAACAAACAAUCCAGAAAAUGAUGGCUGUAUUAAUGCAGUUCUACUUGUUUAAGUCAUGUCUGAUACUAAACGUUGGAUAUGGGCUCCUGCAAAAUCAGUGCAGUUUAAACAAUUUUUCAAGAUCUUGGGAACACUCAACCAUUCAAGAACAUUGACCCCACAAGCUGGUGAGGAACUUAAGUGUGCCGGAAAUGAUUGCUUGGGUUUUUAUAUUUAUUAUGUUUGCUUGGCUGAACACUGUCCAAAUAAAGUGAUUCAAUUUU